CUCCACCAGCGACAGGAACUUCCGGGGUGGGGCCCGCCUAGUGCUACCCCCACGGGGAAUGUGGCCUUUCAGCGCUGCUGAGCUUGGCAGUCGCUUUACCGCUACUUCUGUUACUUUAAGACGGUGCCUGAGGUUGGGGGUGACCAUGGCCAAGAGCAAGUUCGAGUACGUGCGGGAUUUUGAGGCUGACGAUACCUGCUUGCCGCACUGCUGGGUUGUGGUGCGGCUAGACGGCCGGAAUUUCCACCGGUUUGCUGAGAAGCACAAUUUUGCAAAACCUAAUGACAGCCGAGCUCUCCAGCUGAUGACCAAAUGUGCCCAGACAGUAAUGGAGGAGCUGGAGGACAUUGUGAUCGCGUAUGGACAGAGUGAUGAGUAUAGCUUCGUGUUCAGGCGGAAAAGCAAUUGGUUUAAAAGAAGAGCCAGUAAGUUCAUGACUCUCGUGGCCUCCCAGUUCGCCUCCAGCUAUGUGUUCUACUGGCGGGAUUACUUUGAGGAUCAGCCACUUCUGUACCCACCAGGAUUUGAUGGCAGAGUCGUGUUGUAUCCUAGCAACCAGACCUUGAAGGACUACCUCAGUUGGCGACAGGCAGACUGUCACAUCAAUAAUCUUUAUAAUACAGUGUUCUGGGCCCUUGUCCAACAGUCUGGACUAACACCAGUCCAAGCCCAGGAGAGAUUAAAGGGAACUCUGGCCGGAGACAAGAACGAGAUUCUGUUCUCUCAGUUCCACAUCAACUACAAUGACGAGCCACAGAUGUACAGGAAAGGGACCGUGUUGGUGUGGCAGAAGGUGGAUGAAGUCAGGACACAAGAAGUCAGGCUGCCUGUGGAAAUGGAAGGGGAAAGGAUGACUGUGACCCGGACCAGAACCAGGCCCGUGCCCUUGCACUGCGAUCUCAUUGGGGACGCUUUCUGGAAAGAACACCCAGAUAUUCUGACGGGAGAGAACUGACCCUGCAUUCUGCAGUUCUGCUGUGCUUAGCCAUGCAGGUCUCUCAGAGGCUCCUCUCCUUAGGUGGCUCGAGCAUCCCUAGCCCCAAGAGCACUGUAAGGAGCCACACGACUGGAACCCAGUGGAGACAGAGAAAGAAGCAAUGGACGGAGGCGGCGUAUCUCACUGUGCUUAAACAGAAUACCUUUUUUUUUUUU